GCAUCACUAGGUCCGUUGAGCCCAGCCCCUCAGUCGGUGAAGCCGGGAGACCGCGCGCGGACGUCCGCCAUUUUGUAAACCCGCCGCCGUCCUUCAAUCAGAAAACGCACAAUCAAUCAGCAAUAUUAACCCACGGAUAUAACCACAAACAAAGAAUUUGCCAGCAACCCGAAAGAAAAAAUAAUCAAAAUUCUACCUCUUCUGAUAUUACUUUUUUCUCAUCGGUGUCAGUGUCAGAAUCACAAUAAUAUCAAAGAUGAUAGACGAUAAUUGAGCAAAAUCUGCCGCGUUAACUUUUUUUCAAAACACCUGUGAAAGUGCCACGCUUGUAACCAUGGAGAGGAUUCACUAGCGUUGUGAGCUAACAAGCUCCCCAACCCACGCUCAACCCAUCAAUGCUAAACUACAGACUAGUUUCAACACAUUUCUUGAAGCAGCCGUAAAUUUCAUAAAAACAAAAUAAAAUAUUGACUGUUUGUGCCGUACCAAUAUGUGCCGCGACCGAGACAUGUCGGUGCAAAGGAGUGACAUCAUCAAAUAGAUUACACGAACCUUUUAGACUAUAGAUAUAAGUUGUGUCAAGUUUCCGUCAAAACGGCGCAGGCUUCCGCCCUGCCGUUUCGUUUUGUUUAUUUCCGUUUGUUUUAUAUCAAAGGAUAAGCAAUAACCCGGUGGUUAAGCGUUUGGUUUUGGAUUUCUGGACGGGGUUCAGCCCGUAGGGGCCCCAAGCGACCUGGCCAGCCGCAGUCGGGACAACAUUUCCAGGAUAUUGGACUCCAUAGUUGGUGCUGCAAGAUACUGCAUUAAUCCUCACAUAACGGCCUUUGGAAAUUGGGGAUUUUAUUUCGAGUAAAAUUUUAAGUCAGAAGCGAACAUGGUACAAUUGGAAAUUCAGCAGGGUUACGGGCACCAAAGCGAGUGCUCGAGCGAGCGGCCCGUUGUUAUAACUGGCCCCGGGUGGCGUGCGCAGUGCUGCAAGCGGGAGCGGGAGCGUGAGCGAGCGCGGAACGCGGACGAGAUGGCAGCGCCCGAGUGCGAGCGAGAGGCGCGCAAGCGACGCGAGCGGCGUGACUCUGGUUGCGCGCACGAGCGUAAAGAGAGGCGGCCGCACAGCGAAGAGCGAGCACCACCACCGCCACCUCCACCACCACUACACGACCAUAACCGCCUUGAGUCGGAGCGACGCGCCGAGCGGUUAUCGCGCGCUCGCCGCCCGCAGUUCGGCGGCAAGCGGCGGCGCGCGCCCGCCCGCCAGCACAAGCAACCUAAAGAGAACGAGCUCGAAGACGUGCGGACCGCCACCCCGCCGCACUUGGACUAUACCCUGUUGCAGAAACCACAACUAUGUGAGGAGCCAGAGACCCUAGACGCUGGCGCACUCGGCGCGUCGGCGGCGGAGAACGCGGCGGCAGCCGAGCGCAUGCGUCGGGACGAGCGCAUCGUGGCGCCGCACUCGCGCCGCGACCAGCCGGCGCCCGACCGCCGCCUCGACAAGAUCAACAAGAAGAUCAGCGUGAUCAAAAAGAACAUCACAAAGCAUGAAACCGAAUACGAAGCAAAGCACGGCUACGCCAUCACACCAGGCGAGCGCAUCACCGACGUGCAACUCACGCGCAUGUACGAGACGCUGCGGCGGCUCCAGGCGGAGAAGCGUUGCAUCAAAGCGGACCCUGUCGAGUACGCGCUUAAACUACAGGCCGCUAAGCAGCAAAAAGAGAGAGAUGAUAAGCUAGAUGAGGCGCUGAAGAGUGAGAAAGCUAUGACUGAGGUUGUGAGGGAUAUCGAGGAGUGGCUGGAAGGUUGUCGCCAAGCAGCAGGACGGCUCACCAGUGUCGAGGGUUCUUGGACGAGCGCACAGCUGGCGGCCGAGAAGUCGUGCGUUCAGCGAGCACUGCUGCGACUCGAGGCGGCGCGCGGCCGCCCGCCGGCGCACUCCGCCGAGCGCGGCGCCGCCAGGCACCUGUACGAGAGAUACAGAGCCGUCAAGCGGGCGCUGGCAUCCUCUAGACCUGACGCGGUCGGUGGAACAAACGGGGAGUUGGCGACAAUACACGAGCAUGAGGCGAUGCUGUUCAACACCAGCGUGGACAGCUCCAGCGACAGCCAAGAGAAACCUUCCGACUCUUCACAGGAGACAACAGAAACGCCUCUCCAGUCGCCACCUACUCGCGACGGCGAAGAGCCGCCCUCGUCCACCUCGUCCGCCAAGUCUGGCACCACCAGCGAGGAGGCCACACCCUCCAACGAGGGCCUGCACUGCCUCGGCCUCGAAGACUUGGCCAGAGCUCUUGGCGAAGCAAAACUACAGAAAUGUGUAUUGCGAAGGAGCAUAAAAGAAUACGAAAUAAGCUUUGAACUCCAAAACAGUAGGAAGGUCCAGCGCGACGACAAGAAGGGCCGCGAAGAGGAAUAUCUCCGCUACAAGGCAGUGAAGGCAAGAAUAAAACUUCUCAAUGCCCUCAUCAACAAACAAAAGACUUUAAACUUUUGAACUUCGAACUGAAUCUACACUCGAAAAACGCAAAUGCUACAAGCCCAACUUUUGGCAUUGCAAUGAAGACCGUAGGUAAAAAAGAAGAGUUCUAGUUAUGGACCCCGACGAGGGUUGAUCGCUUAAAGUUUUGUUGGAGCAGAAGGACCCAUAUGAACGUAAGAGCGUCGAGGAUGUGCAAUAUGAAAUCGUUGAAUACACUAACAAGAUGCGCAACACUGAGUUACUCUGCGAUACUUAAAUACUUUUCAUCACACUCGCUCAGUAAAUGUGGAAUUGCACGCAGGCUUAGCGGGAACUAUAGAAAAAGCGUUUUCCCUAGUGAGUUAUGAAGUUUCUAGUAUUAUAAUUAACAGUUUUUUGUCUUUAUACUUCAUUUUUGUAUCGCAAGUGUGAUGAAAAACAUUGUAACUCGGGGCGUAAUAAUAUUGCAAACUCGAAUCUAUAAAUCGCUCCGGCAAGCCGUCGCGAUUAAACUAUACACUCGUUUGCGAUAUUUAACAACUUCCGCCCCAUGUUGCGCAAUGUACUAACCUUAAUGUACUGUGACUGAACAAUAUUUACCUAACUGUGGAUUUGGUAUUUGAAGUACUUAAUUGUUAGACAAUUCUGGGGUGGUUUGGUUUUUAUACAUCAAUGUAGGGACGUCAUUGGGACGAGUAUUAUAAUGAAUGAAGUGGAUCACGGAGUUGUGUAGCCCAAAGGGCAUAAAUGAAAUCCGAUGUAAAAAUUGGUAGAACGGUUGAGAAUCGCUUGAAAUAAUUGAAACACAAUUAAUAAAGCUGUGCGGUGAUAAUGCGCUUGCUAAAAGCCGCAGGAGCGGUAUGCAAAACUUAAAUAUUUGUAAUAUUAUGUUAUUAGUCGUAGUUCGUAGCUCGCACGCAUUUAUAUACUUACAUUUAUCUAUAAUUGAGAGCGAGAUAUGUUGCGAGUGCAAUAACAUAUCGAUAACAGAUUUUUUAAGCUCAAAUUCCGCUCCAGGGUGCGUAGACAAAAUGCCAAUCGUUAACGCUCCGUAGCGAAUGAAACGCAACUGUCUCUGUCGCACUAAUAUGGAAGAGUGAUAGAGAGAGAUAACUACGCUACGCUACGGAGCGUGAGCGAUGAGCAUCUUGACUACGCACCCAGGUCGGAUCAGCAACUCCAGCGCAUGAUGUAGCGAUCAUGAUCAAGUACUUACCUACAGCCAUGAUACAUAUGAACAUAUAUUGAUCUAUGACCAUGAUGUUGUACUUUGUAUUGCAAUUGAAUUUCUGGAUAUUAAUCAAUGUACCUGACAUCACCGAGUGUGGAGUGUGAACAGAGGCAAAUUUUCUACGUUUUAAAUACAUAUACAAUUGCAAAACCAGUAAAUAAGGUAUUCUUUGAAAUAAGAUAAAUGAUGUUGUUAUUUAAAAAUUAUACGAAGUGUAAAUAUAUACUACAUUUACAAAUAACAUGUAGCACAAUAUUGCUCUGUGUUGUACAAAGAUUACGAAACGCAUGGGUUACUUUGUAUUAAUAAAACUUAAGCUGCUGUCUGUCGGUUUGUGUCCACUUAUAUAUGCAUAAAGUGUUCUUUCACGGGCAACUAUAAACUGUCCGUCAACAAUAUUGGAUGUCUUUCACCGUGACAUCAAAGUAUUAUGGGUUCUGGACAUGAGUAAAUAUUUAAUUCUAGUCCUAGUCCUACAUUAAAAAAAAUCCCUACCUAUAUAUUAACAUUAGGGAGGUUUAGUUGCCACGAUUUAGGCUGCUAGAUACGUUUUGAGAGUCUUCUUUAAAAGAGGAACUUACUUAAAUAGAAACGCUAAUAAUUAAAUUAUUAAAAGUAAUAAAAAUAUUGUCUAAUAAUAAGCUACUUACCUGUGAUUUUUUAUUACGAUUGUAAUGUUCUUGUAAGACAAGAAUGUCUUUUGAUUAGAUGUUUUUAAUUUAUUGUUAUUAGUCUCAUGAUUUUAUUUUAAGGUCGUUUUUAACCAUUUGUUGUAUUUAGAUAUAUUGUCAAUUUUUGUGUUUAUAAUUGACAAGUCGAAAGUGACCUGAAAGAUAUUUUAAGAGGUGUCAAACAGGUGUCUGCACCUUCUCUGUGUUAUAUCUAAGAUCUUAUAAGCAGGUCAGGAUUAUAUAAAUUCAAUAUUAUACAGAUCAACUCACUUUUUAUAAAUAAAUAAAAACUUUAAAAGGUAUCCGGACUGCAAUUUUAUACUUUUAACGAAUAUUAUUAUUAUAAAAUAGAUGUAUGCAUGGUAGAUGCCUGCAAGGUAUCGAGGUAUGUACCGGUGAAAUUUGUACAUAUACAUAUCUUUAUAAAAAUUAUGGUAAAAUACCACUUUGUUCUGUAAGUCGUUUUGUCAAACGAAGUAUUUUAAGUUUAUGUACUACAAAAAGAGGUCCUUCCAGAUACCUAUAACAUAGCUCUGGUACCUACCUAGCUCGAGAGAAAACUUUGUAUGGUCGAACGCUGAUGUACCUUGCCUAAUGUUAUAAAAAUAAUCAGCCAGUAAUUAGGUAGAGUUCUGUAAAUUGCCAUGAUUAUCCAUAUGAAUAUGUUUAAAAAUAAAAUACUGAUCUAUCUGACUGCAUUUUAUUGGAAACUUAUUAUGGUCAGCGCAUAAACUUUUUUACAGGUAACACAAGAGUAACAAAAAGAAGUUGUAGUAAAGAAAGUAAAUGUUGCUCAGACGUUAUCGGGUCCAGUAACAAUUGACGACGUGGAGCAACUGAAGAAAAUGAAGCUGGAAUUAGAAGUACGGAUUGCGGAACUAGAGAUGGGGAACAGAGAACACGAACUGAACGUA